CCGUCGCGCCAUGCCCGCGGGCUGAGCGCCGCCGCCGCAGGGCCUCGUCCCGCCUCCCGUGGGGGCCGGGUGCGCCCAGGCCGGGGCCCCGGCGGCCGACCAUGGUGCUGCCGCCCCCGGACCGGCGCCACGUGUGCCUGACCACGCUGGUGAUCAUGGGCAGCAUGGCGGUCAUGGACGCGUACCUGGUGGAGCAGAACCAGGGCCCGCGCAAGAUCGGCGUGUGCAUCAUCGUGCUGGUGGGCGACGUGUGCUUCCUGUUGGUGCUGCGUUACGUGGCCGUGUGGGUGGGCGCCGAGGUGCGCACGGCCAAACGCGGCUACGCCAUGAUCCUCUGGUUCCUCUACAUCUUCGUGCUGGAGAUCAAGCUCUACUUCAUCUUCCAGAACUACAAGGCGGCGCGGCGAGGCGCGGCCGACCCGGUGGCGCGCAAGGCGCUGACGCUGCUGCUGUCGGUGUGCGUGCCCGGCCUCUUCCUGCUGCUCGUGGCGCUCGACCGCAUGGAGUACGUGCGCACGUUCCGCAAGCGCGAGGACCUGCGCGGCCGCCUCUUCUGGGUGGCGCUGGACCUGCUGGACCUGCUGGACAUGCAGGCCAAUCUGUGGGAGCCGCCGCGCACCGGGCUGCCGCUGUGGGCCGAGGGCCUCACCUUCUUCUACUGCUACAUGCUGCUGCUGGUGCUGCCGUGCGUGGCGCUCAGCGAGGUCAGCAUGCAGGGCGAGCACAUUGCGCCGCAGAAAAUGAUGCUCUACCCCGUGCUCAGCCUCGCCACUGUCAACGUGGUGGCCGUGCUGGCGCGGGCCGCCAAUAUGGCGCUCUUCCGCGACAGCCGCGUCUCGGCCAUCUUCGUGGGCAAGAACGUGGUGGCGCUGGCCACCAAGGCCUGCACGUUCCUCGAGUACCGUCGCCAGGUGCGCGAUUUCCCGCCGCCGGCGCUCGCGCUGGAGCUGCAGCCGCCGCCCCCGCAGCGCAACUCCGCGCCCCCGCCCCCGCCGCUGCAUGGCCCGCCCGGCCGCCCCCGCGGGCCCUCGCCCGCGCGUGACGCCCUGGGCACGUGACAGGGCCUGCGCGGC